GGGGAGAAAAAAGGAGAAAACACCUGUAAGCACGCAGCAAGAAUGGUCUUUAUUGAAAGUCAUGUUAAGUGGGAUGGACUUUAGAUAAACGGCGGCUAAUUCCCUUUUUGGAGCAUGCAACCAACGAGCCUCCAGCAGGCUCAUGGAGAGCGGAGCCCUGCUUGUCCGAACCGGGGGCAGGUUGAUCGGAUGCCUUUCAUCCCAGCAGCGCCGUUAGAUGUUUCCCAUUCAGGAUUAAUUGGUUGACCAAUGGCUCCCAAACAUGCGCGCCUCUCCAGCAGCGGUGGCCCCGGGGUCGGAGGGGUAAAUAAGAAAGAAGACCCCUGCUCUUCCUCCUCGUCGCUAUGGAUCCUGGAUGCGGGGAUGGUGGCCGUCUACUCGCCGAGGAUCGGGAAGAGGACGCGCGUGCUGAAUGGAAUGGUGGCCCGGUGGUUUGUGACCAUCGGCGCGGCGCUGAUGCUGAUGAUCCAGAGCUCCCUGGCCGCUGACGCUGAGGGAGGUCAUCAUGAGUCAAUGAGGCAGGCUCACUUGCUUCUGGACCCCGCAGUGCCCUCCAACCUCUCGGCCACCCCUGGGAUUGGAGACAAAGCUGGAGCUAACAACAAGGAUACAAUGGAUGGGCCUCACACUGGUCCUGAUGCUGGGUCUGAAGCUUGGCCUGAGGCAAAAGUGUUUGCUGAAGCCAGAACAGCGGUUUGGACAGAAACAGAAGCAGGAGUGCGUGCUGAAGCAGGUGGCAAAGUCUUUACCGAGACUGGGAUUAUGACAGGAACUGGUGCUUGGGCUGAAGUCGGAGCAGAAUGGAGGCCCGUAGACACAGAAGGGGAAGACCUGCCGAGCAUGCCUGGGGACACAGCUCCCUGGCUGGGGCAGCGGAGGCUACAGACAGAUGGAGAGGAAAGAAGAGAGCAGGCAGCUUUCUCAUCUGUCCUAACCAUGCUGGCAGAGACAGCAGAGCUGCAGGCUCCAGUGGUUGGAAAACCUUUAGGGCUGCUGUCUAAAGCUGCUUGGACCAAAAGCUCCUCUUCAUCAUCGGCCAAAGCCGCCUCCUCCUCUACGACAAAAGCAUCCUCUUUGCCUUCUUCCUUCACAUCCUCCUCUUCUCCAGCUAGUACACUACAAGACAGUCACACAGCAGGAUCACAGAAUAUAUCUGUGCUUGUUGUCAACACUAACUACUCCAACAGCAACAGUAGCCCCACCAUGGAGGACUCAGUGAGCAGCCUGCCGGCCUGGGAUCUCCCUACAGUCCCCGAAUCACUCCUGUCCACAGUGGGUGACCAUGAUGUCACACUUCCUGCCAAUGUCACCAGCCCUUUCUCCACCCACCAGUGGAACACCACCGCGCCUGUGCGCACCAGAAACACCUCACGGCGUCCAACCACCACAACGACCACCACCACCAUAAAGAUGCCUCUGUCUCCCACUACCAGCUCAACUUUACAAUUCCCCACGACUGCAAGAGCACAAACACCACCAGAAUCCAGCGCGGCUACACACACCACAAGCCAGGACACUGUGACCAAUGACAGCCUUCAGCUGACGACAGUAACUACGACAACACCCUCAACGACCACUCUUACUGUGACCACCAAUGAUGUGACGAAUCAGGCAGCGACCACUGGGAGCGAUGCAACGUUAUCGCCAAAUACCAGUGCUGCAACCACCACGCAGCAAACAACAAGCAUCAGACUUACCACAACAACUCAACCUGCAACCACUACAACAACCACACCUGCCCCGACUACUGCUUCUACUACUACUCUUCCCCCGACUACUACCAGCAGCAGCACCACCACCACCACCACCACCACUACUACCACUACCACUCCUGAGCCCACUACCACUACCACCAUAGCUACCACGACUACUACAGCUCCCACUACUACAACUACUUCUACCACAACCACAACAACAACAAAGGCGCCUGCUACCACUGUGUUCAUCCAGACUACUCCACCUCCUCCUCCAUCUAGUACCAGUGCAGAGGAAAGUCCUCUGCCAUGCAACAUUACUGAAAAGUUUUGGGUUAGAACAGUGUUAUCUAUUGAGCUGCGCAGGAACCGCUUAGACCUCAUACUGAAACAUCACCUCUCCAAAGGUCUGAGUCAUGCCUUGCAGAGAGCCCUGAAUGACUCCACUGUUUAUGCACAGGUGGAACAUGAUGACUGCAGCCCCCACAACGUGACGCUGGGAUACUACGUGACCAACGGGAAAACUGUCUACAUUUCUGCCAUGGUCGUCAGAGCCCUGAAUGUUUACGGUUUUGACAAGCUGCUGUCGGACAUCAGGCAGCACACCCCGUUGGUUAAGGCAGUUCUGGUUCCCGUGGCAACCUGGGUGCCCGCUCCAAAUAUUCACCUGCAGCUGAAAACAGUGUUGAGGUUUGUUGGGCCGACAGACAACAUCUACUCCUGCAGUUUUGUUCAGAUGUUGGAGCAGAGGCUGGAGAACGCCUUUGAUGAAGCUCAGGACAAAGUGCUGGAGACCUACAACACACUCACUGUUGAGAUCCAGAGUGUGUCUCAGGAGCCUGACUCCCCCUCAGUCACUCUGGUGUAUGUGGUGAAAAAUCAGGACUCAAUACUUAACGGGACAAUUUCCAGCAGUCUUCUCAACCAGCUCACAGCUGAGCUGGUGGGGUACUUUCUGUUCUACCCACCGCUGGUAAUCGCUGAGCCUCUUGAGUACCAUAAUCUCAACACGUCCGCAGCAACCAAGAACUACUGGGUCAUAACGGUGAUCCAGGAUGUAGACAGCUCCUCCCUGGAGGUCAACUACCAAAGCUUUGCCAGUCUUAUGGAGCAACGGCUAGCUGAGCUCUUCCUGGUGGCUGGCAGGCAGGGCCCUCGGACGGCGAGAUCCCGGCGGGCCACCACUGUGGGGGGCUACACCGUACAGAUGGUGAGCAUGCGUAGACUUCCCGGUCCCAAGAACCCAGCAGAGAUGACCUACUAUGCCCAGCUGAAUGGAGCACCCAUCUCUGGAACCACAGCUGCUAAGACACUGAGCAGUCUGGACUCCCAGACCAUGGCUCUGACCCUGGGAUACUUUGUACAAGUCCAGGCUGAACCUGUGGUAAAGACACCGCCCAGCAACCUGUGGAUCAUGGCCGUUCUGACGCCUCUCUUCUUAUUGAUGGUGGUGAUUGGGAUGGUGGCCUUCAUUCUGUGUAAGAGAAACAGGGUCCUUUUUAAAACAGGCGCCUUCAGGACCUUUAAAACUCGAUCCAAGACUUCAUAUCGAAGGGAGGGCAGUUACCACCACCAGCCUGUCCAGGGCUUCGACUAUGCCAAGAAGCACAUGGGUCGAACUGGCGAUGAGGCAGUCUCUGUUACUAAGGAGACGCUGGUGUUGGGGCUGCCUGUGCGAGACGCUCCGUUGUCGCUGUCACUGGAUAAGAAGGUGCACCAGGAUGGGACUGCCAAUAAGAGGCCUCCGUCUGCUGACAUACACAAAGGAGGGAGGUUGCCAAGUGAUGAGGAUGGCUCGGUGUCGAGUAACGGCUCCGGGAAGCUGAACACCAGCAAGAGCUCCUCGGCCCGGAGGACUGCGACUGGCAGCAGCAGCAAGAACGGCAAGGAGGAGUUACACAAGAGGGGCACCAAUGAUCCCUAUGAAGACCAUACAGGCUCUCUGCGUCUCAUCACUAUCAAGCCCAUGACAGCCCAGCCAACCUACUCGUAUCCCUCUUCCUCUUCUCACAGCCAAGAUUCUGUGGUUGUCAAUGGGGAGGCUAACCAUAGUGGGCUUAAACAGAAGUCCGACAUUGAGCACUACAGGAACAAACUGCGUCAGAAGGCCCGGAGGAAAGGCUACGGAGAAUUCUCGCUCUCCGAAACAGGAAGCCACGGUUAUAGUCACCGUGACACGAGGCACAGCCGGCAUGACAGCGGGGUGAAAGAGCCAAUGACUGCCGAGGAGAAGAGGGCGUCCUUUGCAGGGUGUCACAAGAGGUACUCUCACCCACGAGAGCCUACAUAUUGGAGCCGGCAGUCUCUGAGCAGCCCCAGUCCGGUAGAGACAGAGAUGGACCUGCUGGUGCUCAGGGAGAGAUCCAGGAGAGGCAUCCGCAAUAACGGCUAUGAUGGUGAACCAGAACCCUUUGAGGAGACCAACGUGGACCGUCUGAUGAGCUCUCUGGGUUAUGGAGGUGGAUCUACUGGCACUGGGAACGGCAGCUUAGGGGUGAAGGCUCACCGUGGCUCUGACUCCUCCACACUCAGCUCCCAGCCAUCCAUUGACGAGGUCCGUACGCAGAUGCAUAUGUUGCUAGGCAACGCUUUUAGCCUGGCACCUCCGGACCAUGACCCUCCUUCUCCUCCAACCAACCAUCACCAUCAUCAUCACCAUGCUCACAGCGCCUACAACCCUUCCAGUACCAGCCACUACAGUGACGGAGUGACCAGUGCCCCCGGGACCAUGAACCACCCCUGUGGAGGCAGGCAGAGAAGCAUAGGCUAUGAGGACAUGCACCAGUGUAGCCUGCCCAAACCAGGUUUCCGGUUCACCCAGCUUCCUGAUAUGGGCAUCGGUUCUCCACCUCCACUGAUCCCCUCAAGACCAGGACCGCCACCUGCGACCUCACUGCGACGUUCCACCCCUGAUGUUAGUCUGAAGCCUCGCGUGUCAGAAGCCUCAGAGCUGCAGGCCCAGCAGCACAAUGGUGCCCCCUACCUGCCACUCUCCAGGACCCCCUUCCCUGCUGUCACUGUUGACCAGUCCAUCAGCACCUACUCAGGAAACCCAAUAACAGCAGUCUAUGCUAUAUCGGCCAACCGCCCAGGUUACUCAGACUACUUCGUCAUGUCACCGCCGUCCUCAUACCGGAGUCCAUCAUGGAUGUCUUAUCCACCUGAACCAGAAGACCUGCCGCGGCAAUGGAACGACGCACCUAACUCACGUCACCUCGAGACCAUCUGCUGAAGUCGUCCGCCUGUGACACUGAGCGGAAACGGUCAGUAGCUUGGUGUCUCUUCAGAUGGGCAGAGGACCUCCUUCACACUCAAAACUCUUUGGAGCUUCAUCACCCCUCCUUGGCUUCGGCACAGCCCUCCUCCUGUAUGAUUCAUUCAUCACCAGUGGAGCCGCCCCCUCUGCCCUCACCUUUUCCCACAGCUCCUCGUCUCUCCUCUGCCUGCCCUCUAUCUGUCCUCUGUCAGCCCACUUCAUCUGCAGCUCAAAGCAUUUCAUAUCCUCCAGAGCUCCUCUGCCCCGUAAUCCCUCUUCACCUUGUCUUCAAUCUUCUUGCCAAUGAAAAGCUCAGCCAUAAUUUUCUCUUUCUGUAUUCUGAGCCCCCGGCCUCACAGGCCCGUGCUGGCCCCUCUGGGCCCAUAGUCACUAUCUCCAUGUAGACUGCCUCUUCUGUGGUGACCACCACUGUACAGUCCGAGGCCCCUCACACUGCUGAGCUGAGCUGAGCUGCUGUGCUGUGCCUCCCUGCCUAACAACACAGACACAGAAAGGAUGAACAGGGUGAUUACAGUACAGCGUGACAAGUUCUGUGGCCCAGCAAUCAUCGUAGAGUAACUGCCAUCUGCCCAGCACAUGAUGGCAGGCAGCGCUGCGUUAUCAGUACUGUAGCGCCCCAGCCGUUGCCAGUAUUCUACUCCUCUUCUGAACUGGACUGGACUGGGCCAUCGUGGACCUGACCCUAAGGUCCACCGUAAAGCCAGGAAAGCUGGACUGACUUAAAACUGUGUUUUGUUUUGUUUUUUGAUCAAUCCAAAUUCCUAUGUAAAAACUCAACAGCUGGUUAAUAUGUGUAUUUUAAACUUGAGUGAAAAAAAUAACUAAGGAAAAGGGAAAAAAAAAUCUCUUGUCUUGAGCUGUCUCUAUUUCAGUUUUUGGAUAUUCGUGUGCUUUUGUCUUUUACUUUUGUGCAUUGAUUAUUAUCAAUGGAUUAUUGUACAAAAAAUGUUACUCCGAGGCAAAAAAAUAUAUGACAUUCUUUGAAGCAGAGAAAUCGGUGGCUUAGUUGUCUGUGGUUAUGACGGCAUUUCUGUACUUUUUAAAAAGAAUUACUUCGUUUACCUUUUUCCUUCAUCCGACUCAGCAAUGAAAACAAGAAUUACUGUAUGUCACUAUGUUCUGUCAGUCAUCUGAUUAUGACGUUUUGUCUGCUAAACAUUAGACAGACCUGAGUCAGAGACACUCACGGAAAUCCUGCUCAGUGUGAUUUUGGUCACAUGCCGUUUCUUGAAAGGCACAAAAGGCACCUUGGAUAAAAACAUACUUGGUAUGAGCUGCUUUUGAAGGGAUUUCAGUUGUGGUUUGACUCAGGUCUCUUACAGUUAUGUGAACACGCCAGUAUUCUUAGAAAAAACUGUUCUUUUACUUGAAAGGUGUCUACUGUAUUCUACUGUAACUUUGACUUUUGGUUCUUUUGAGGCCGAGGGAUUAUUAUUUGGUCGCCGGACUAUGGUUUAGUACUGUUCAAGAGACUCGCCGGGCUCAGACGAGCCGUAUAUGUAACGAUUACAUGUAUUACUGUAUAUAGCAGAUGAUUUAAUGAAGAGAUUUAUGCAAGUAGUGUGGGAGGGAAACUUGACAUUAUCAUGAUGCCAUUCUUUUCUUUGUUUUAGUCUGUUUGGGUUUCAGAUGAAAGAAGGUUGUAACUUCUUGACUUUCUGAAGGUGGCGCACAUUUCAGUAUCAUCUUAUCUCAUAACACAAUGCAUAAAUCAUUACAUUAAGAAAGAAGAAGAGAGUUUAUAGUGAUGUGCAGCAAGAGAAUUUACCGCUGUAAUUGCAGUAUUCAUUAAGUAGAAAAGUCGAUAGCCAUAAUAGUAGAAAUAAUGCAAUUUUUUUAGUAUGGAGAAUGUCUAGAAUAUAUUUACCCUCAUUUUUACUGAGGAAAACUGGAAUUCUGUGACCACACUGUAUGUAAAGCUCCUUAUCAUUUAGAUGGUAUUAAAGGAGAUUAUAGCCAUAUAUUAACUUCAUCGAGUGGAUAUAAAAGAUCAAUGAUAUACAGUGUUGUGUCAAAAAUGUAAAUGAUACCAAAUGAGAAUAUAUUAGACAUGGGUGGGUGAGUGGGAGAGAUAUGGUUGGGGGUCGGAGACAGAGGACAGAGAGAUAGUAUAGAUAUAAUAAUGUAAAGAGAGGAUAAUAGGUAGUUAACGAUGAAAGCACUUUUAUGACAAGAAAAGAGCAGAAUCAAUGCAAAAAAUGUCAAAUGUGUAACUGCACAAUUAACACGAAGUUUUGAAAUACUUUUGCUCAGCAGUAACUAACAGUGAAGACUCAAACCCAGGACGUUUAGGAAGUUUAUAUUACACGGUAAUACACACGUCUUACAAAGCAAUGUUUUAUAGCUGGAUUUUGAUAUUUUUUUUAAAGUUAGAAUUCUUACAUUUUGACAGUCAUGGCUAAAAACAAAUAGACCGGCUUUAAAGCAACAUCUCAGCCUCUGAAACAGUCAUGGAGUGAGAUAGAGUUUAGGGAAUUUUCACAAAUGUCUGAAAAGGGGAAAGGGACAUUUGUAGUCUGCAGACUUGUAGACUGCACUCUUCCUUUACAUUUAUGACUUUAAGCAAGACAUUACAGGCAAAUAUCUGGAUGGAUUAACUUCCAAGUUGAUUACUUAACUUAAUGCUUAAAUAUGCAAAAAAGCAAUGAGAGAAGUCAGGAUUCAAAAAACUUUUUCACUUUCAUUUUGUUCUUCCAGAGGGAAAUUUGGAUUUGGAUAUUUCUUUUUCGCAAAAGAGAAAAAACAUUCAACCUUGUCGACAGCUAAAAAUACCCCCAGUAUAGCUGUGGGUAGUUUGUGUGCAAACGCCUCUUUAAAAAAACCUUUAAAACGUCAAAAUGUUUUGUUAAAAGUUUAGGAAACAGACUAAGGAUCAGUUGACUGUCCUGUAAAAUAAGCAACAAAGUUUUCGGACAUUUUCUUCCCACUAAUCUGAACGUGUUAUGAGAGAAAAAUGACCCCACAAUCCCAAAAUCGUCAGUUUUGUCCUGUAGUGUCUUGCCUCAAAAUGCAAAACUCUAAAAGAAUCACUGAUAUUGACAAUCUGCUAAAUUAAACCCAUGUGUGCAGCAAGCAGAACAGACUGGUUUUCUUCCAGUACAGACGAUUAUUAACAGCUCUCCACUUCAUUAAUCCAGGCCUGCACAUGAUGAAUAUUAGUUGUGUAUAUUUAGUGAGAGGAAAGCAAAGGUGUGAGAAGAAAGUCCUGAAGCAUUGUGGGUGUUUUGGAAUGCUUUGAAUUAUCAGUAUCAUUACUGGAUGACAGCAGGAACCAUCACAUUUUAACUCAUCCUCACUGUACAGACCCACUUUUAUCAUUUCAUUUGACUCCAUGCAAAAGAAAGGGGUGGGUGGGUAAGAAGCGAGGCUUAAUGCGAUGCUCGAAGUUGAUGUGCAAUGUUUGUGUUUUACACGGGUAGUGGCGAGACGCUUUGAUUGAUGACGGACUCCGGGACGGACUUAACUAUCAGUAGUAUUUUUCUGCCGUUUGAGGCAUGUCAUGAAGCUGUGACAUCUUGGCGGCGCUGAUGAUGUCAUACUAUCGUCACUCGGGUGUUGAGGAGGUCACAGUGACGACAACCAUGAAUGCUGUUGGAUGUAGUUAUGCAGAAAACUUUUUGGUGAAUUUAAACAAUAAAUACAAAUUACAAUUCUCA